AUGGCCGCCGAGGCGCCCGUGCGAGCCCCCGCCGCCGCGGCGCGGUCCGCGCGCCGGCCGGCCUCCGCCGCCGUCGUCUCCGCCUCGUCCGCCUCGCGCCUCCUCCUCGGCCACCGCCCCUUCCACGCGCCGCGCUUCGCCGCCGGGCGCGCCGCGGUGGCAGGCCCCGCGGCCGGACUCCGCCCGCGCCCGCGCAGGCCGCGCCUCUCGGUCGUCGCCAUGGCUGGCAGCGAUCGCCAAGUGCCUUUACAUGAUUACCGCAAUAUUGGUAUUAUGGCCCAUAUAGAUGCUGGAAAGACAACAACUACUGAGCGCAUUCUGUAUUACACUGGAAGGAACUACAAGAUUGGCGAGGUUCAUGAGGGAACAGCUACAAUGGACUGGAUGGAACAAGAACAAGAGAGGGGAAUAACCAUUACAUCUGCAGCAACAACUGCCUUCUGGAACAAACACAGAAUCAACAUUAUUGAUACUCCUGGUCACGUCGACUUCACUCUUGAGGUUGAACGUGCUCUCAGGGUGUUGGACGGUGCUAUAUGUCUCUUUGACAGUGUUGCUGGGGUAGAACCACAAUCUGAAACCGUAUGGCGCCAGGCAGAUAAAUAUGGGGUUCCAAGAAUAUGUUUCGUGAACAAAAUGGAUCGCCUUGGAGCUAACUUCUUUAGAACUAGAGACAUGAUAGUUGCAAACUUGGGUGCCAAACCAUUGGUGAUUCAGUUGCCGAUUGGUUCGGAGGACAAUUUCCAAGGAGUUGUUGAUCUAGUCAGAAUGAAAGCUAUUGUAUGGACAGGGGAGGAGCUGGGUGCAAAAUUUGAAUACAAAGACAUACCUGAUGAUCUCCAAGAGCUGGCUCAAGAUUAUCGUGUUCAGAUGCUGGAAACUAUUAUUGAAUUGGAUGAUGAAGUUAUGGAGAAUUAUCUUGAAGGAACUGAACCAGAUGAGGAAACUGUUAAGAAAUUAAUCAGAAAGGGAACAAUUUCUGCUAGCUUUGUCCCAGUUUUAUGUGGUUCAGCAUUCAAAAACAAAGGUGUCCAACCAUUGCUUGAUGCUGUUGUCGAUUACUUGCCAUCUCCACUUGAUCUACCUUCAAUGAAGGGUACUGACCCAGAAGACCCUGAAAUAAUAUUUGAAAGGCAACCAAGUGAUGAUGAACCAUUUUCUGGGUUAGCUUUCAAGAUCAUGACUGAUCCAUUUGUGGGGUCACUAACAUUUGUUCGCAUAUACUCUGGGAAGCUGGUAGCUGGUUCAUAUGUUCUCAAUGCAAAUAAAGAUAAGAAAGAAAGAAUUGGAAGACUCCUUGAGAUGCACGCAAACAGUAAGGAAGAUAUACCAGUUGCUGUGACAGGUGACAUAGUAGCACUUGCUGGUCUGAAAGACACAAUUACUGGUGAAACACUCUGUGACCCAGACAAGCCUGUAGUGCUUGAACGUAUGGAAUUUCCUGAUCCUGUCAUUAAGGUUGCUAUUGAACCCAAGACCAAAGCUGAUGCUGACAAAAUGGCUAAUGGGUUAAUCAAGCUUGCUCAAGAAGACCCGUCAUUCCACUUCUCUAGAGACGAGGAAACCAACCAGACUGUUAUUGAAGGAAUGGGAGAACUGCAUCUUGAUAUCAUUGUAGACAGACUAAAGAGGGAGUUCAAGGUUGAAGCAAACGUUGGAGCUCCACAAGUCAACUACCGUGAAAGUAUUUCCAAAGUUGCAGAAAUACAAUAUGUCCACAAAAAGCAAUCUGGUGGAUCUGGGCAGUUUGCUGACAUUAUUGUGCGUUUUGAACCUUUGGAAGCUGGAAGUGGGUAUGAGUUCAAGAGUGAAAUCAAGGGAGGGGCAGUGCCCAAAGAAUAUGUACCAGGAGUUAUGAAAGGAUUGGAGGAAAGCUUACCCAAUGGUGUCCUCGCCGGUUACCCAGUUGUGGACUUCCGGGCUGUGCUGGUUGAUGGCUCAUAUCAUGAUGUCGAUUCAAGUGUCUUAGCAUUCCAAAUUGCAGCCAGAGGAGCCUUCCGUGAGGGAAUGAGGAAAGCUGGUCCAAGGCUUCUCGAGCCUAUAAUGAGAGUUGAAGUGAUAACUCCUGAAGAGCAUCUGGGCGAUGUUAUUGGUGAUUUGAACUCUCGAAGAGGACAGGUUAACAGCUUCGGGGAUAAGCCUGGUGGACUUAAGGUGGUUGAUGCUUUUGUGCCACUUGCUGAGAUGUUCCAAUACGUCAGCACCCUCCGGGGGAUGACCAAGGGGCGAGCGUCCUACACGAUGCAGCUCGCCAAGUUUGAUGUCGUCCCACAGCACAUCCAGAACCAGCUCUCCACCAAAACAGAGGAAGCUACUGCUUAA